AUGGCGUCACUUAAUCAUUUCGAUGGCUCAAGCGAUAGAUCUAACCCAGUGUUAGAAACCGUGGACCCAGCAGACCUUAGAGAAAACAACAAUUCCGUACCGGGCAGCAAUAAAAUCGAGCUAACACAGUCUGCUGCCUAUGACGAACUGGGGUAUAGCUAUCCCACUUGGCGAAAAUGGCAAAUCCUCUGCGUGAUGUUCUGCAUCCAAAUCUCAAUCAACCUGAACGCAAGUCUCUACGCGAACGGCGUCACCGCGAUUUCAGAAGAGCACAAUGUUAGCAAGCAAGUUGCGAGAAUCCCCCAACUCACUUUCCUUUGCGCAUACGCCUUUGGAUGUGAGCUGUGGGCUCCCUGGAGCGAGGAACUGGGACGGUGGCCCACUCAACAGCUCAGUCUCUUCCUCGUGAACAUAUGGCAGUUGCCGUGUGCUCUUGCGCCCAAUUUCGCGACUUACGUCGUGGUGCGUCUGCUUGGGGGUUUGAGUACAGCUGGUGGCUCGGUGACAUUGGGAGUCAUUGCGGAUAUGUGGGAGCCCGACGAUCAGGAAUAUGCCGUCGCAUUUCUCAUCCUAUCUUCCGUUGGCGGCUCGGUCGUGGGCGCUGUCGUUGGUGGAUUCGUUGAAGAUCGGCAUCCACUGGCUUGGAUUUUCUGGGUUCAACUCCUCGCCGGCGGCUGUGUUCAGAUCAUGCAUUUCUUCUUGGUACCGGAAACGCGGGCUACCAUCAUUCUCGAUAAAGUAGCAAAGAAGAGACGUAAGGCUGGACCUGGUGAAGUCAAUAUAUGGGGCCCACAUGAGAUACAUGGCUAUUCACUGUCGCCGCGGGACAUGUGGAGAGUAUGGAAACGCCCAUUCGUCAUGCUGUUUACCGAACCCAUUGUCCUAUGGCUUUCGCUGUUAAGUGGGUUCAGUGAUUCAUUGAUUUUCACAUUCCUUCAAGGAUUUCAACCAGUCUUUCAACAGUGGGGCUUUGGCACGAUUCAGAUCAGUCUUUCGUUUUUACCACUGCUUAUCGGAUAUUUUAUUGCAUACUUCUCAUUUUUGCCAUCCAUCCAUAUGUUCAGGCAACGGCGACGCAAGAAUGGCUCUGAAUCCGUUCCUCCCGAAGCACGGCUGUGGUGGCUACUCUAUGUCAUCCCUACCCUCCCAAUUGGCCUCUUCGGCUUUGCAUGGACUACUCUGGGUCCACCUAAUGUCCAUUGGAUUGCACCCAUGAUCUUUACUUUACUCAUAGGAAUUGCCAAUUAUUCCAUCUAUCAAGCUUCCAUUGACUACACCGUUGCUGCAUACGGGGAAUAUGCAGCAUCAGCUACAGGAGGCAAUGACUUCGCACGCGACUUUCUUGCUGGAAUCGCAGCGAUCUAUUCCACACCGAUGUUCGAGAAUAUUGGUGACAAAUAUCCGUAUGCGUAUGCCUCCACGAUUUUGGCCUGUAUCUCGAUUCUGGUGACUGCACCGAUCUAUUUCUUCUAUCGCAAAGGUCCGGAGAUUCGUGAGCGGUCACCGUUUGCAAAGGAAAUGAUGGAAAAGAAUAGAGAGCGUCGGCUUUCUCGGCCGUCUGGGGGUGAAAAGGCGGGUCGUAGCACCGCUCAUAUUGAAUAG